AAACAAAACACAAACGUAACAACUGGCAGCCGCGCCCACAUCCGAGAUCUUCCAGUCUCCGCUCUAUUCGUUCGUCUAUCACUCACUGUCAUCAUCGCCGCUUCCCUUAUACCAUCACAUUUGUGUGUCAAAACAAUAUAAUUAUGUCUUCUAAAGUUGGUGGCGGUAAAGGUGGAAAGUCCAAGACUUCCUCAGAAGCCAAGGUUUUGACCACCAGGUCAUCCAAAGCUGGGCUACAGUUUCCUGUGGGCCGUAUCCACCGAUUCUUGAGAAACAAGAACGCCAAUAACGUUCGUAUUGGCGCUAAGGCAGCUGUUUAUGUGGCAUCCAUCAUGGAAUACCUGACUGCCGAGGUUCUUGAGCUCGCCGGUAACGCUGCCAAAGACCUCCGCGUGAAACGUAUUACUCCUCGACACCUGCAACUUGCCAUCCGUGGAGACGAAGAGCUUGAUCUACUUAUUCGAGCUACCAUUGCAGGUGGUGGUGUUUUGCCGCAUAUCCAUAAGUCUCUUGUCGCGAAGAACGCCCCCCUCAAGAAGCCGAAGGCUCUCGAUGCUUAGUAUUUGCACUGUUUCAUAUUUUAUAUCUUCGAUUUGAUGUUCGCUAGCCAGCCAUCUGAUAUCUUUUUCGAACAGAGAUGUGCUGAGGUUUUUACAGUAGUUUUGGAGAAUGUAUUAAUAAUGAUAUCACGAU